AUGCUGGACCUGAUGGAACGCGCAUCUGAUGAUGCUUUUGAUGAUACUGUGGAUGCUCCCGUGCCCCUCGAAACGCUAGGAAUAGAUCAGCUGAAACUAAGCGGAACAUCUCUAAUUCUCCGAGAUUUUGAUAAAAAGUACAUCUACAAGGUCAUCAAGCUCCAUUCCGCUACCGAAGCGCUUUUCUACUCAAUUGCAUAUCGCAUAUAUCCCCCGAAUGUGGACGAUUUACGAGUUAACAAUAUUAACCCAAAGACCUUCAAAAAUGUUUCCUACUUAGUUGAGCAGGAAAUGAUCCCUCAGUUUUAUGGAAUUACCACCAUCUCAAGGAACGGUUGGUUCUCACAUUCUCACUCUUCCUUAGACUAUUCCUGGUACGAGCUCGGAAAAAACGCGACGAAGAACGAAAACAUAUACAGAGCGAUUAAAUUGGAGAAUCUGCUAAGGGAUUUCAAAAAUCCUGGCAUCAUCGACAUAAAACUGGGUUCACACAACUUCAACUACAGCAUGAACUACGGUGAAAUCGAUGACCACUUAAAGCUGAAGUGCAUCGACACGUACCGCGAGAUGAAGCACAAGUACCGAGACUCAGUAUCCAACAAAAAGCCUUUCGACUAUCAACUGGACCUGAACGCUUCAGAGCUAGGGCUCCCGGAGUCGUACAAGAGUCUCGACGCGAACACGCUGCAGUCCGUGUUUAAGUCGUGGAGGCAGAGGCAAGUGGCCCUGGAGACCACCGAGCAGGAACUCGGGUUCAGAAUAUCCUCAAUAUACUUCGAACUUCCUGACAAGAAGUACCUGAUAACGAGCGCCGAGGCCAAGCAGUUGAGCAAGUCCGAGACAGUGAACAUCCUCAAGGACAUACUCAACCUUAACAAGGACGAGAAGUUCAGCUUGAAGUUCGUCGACUUCCUGAAUCGGCUUAAGAGCUGGAUCCUACUGCAGACCUCAGUAUCAAUAGUAGCCUCGUCCAUCCUCAUCAUUUUCGACCAAGACGACUUGCAACACUAUAAAAUCAAGUGGAUCGAUUUCACACACAUAAAUCACAAUUCCAUGAAUGUAAGUCAUCCGAUUUAUCAUUAG